AUGGAGAGCAAUAGGAAUGAUGGACUAUUGAAUGGGAUGUUAUUCUCGGGAGCUAUGUCCAUGGGUAAUAACCAUGUGAAUCCACAUGGAUUAUCACUGAGAGAGCCCUUUGGAGUUCCCUUCCAUUUCAGUCCAACUUAUUGGGACCAACCCUACUGUAGUUAUUCGGGUAGAUUUUCCUACAUACCUUUCUCUGGCUAUGUAGGAGUCUACGACUAUUCUUUUGAGCCUGCCUUCAUUCGAAAGAGAAAUGAAAGAGAGAGACAAAGAGUGCGUUGUGUGAAUGAGGGGUAUGCACGCCUCCGAGAACAUCUUCCCAAGGAGCUUGCAGACAAACGCCUCAGCAAAGUGGAGACCCUAAGAGCUGCAAUAAAUUACAUUAAACACCUUCAGAGUUUGCUGGACUGUCACUCAUUAGGGUCUAACACUAAGGAAGCAAUAUCCGCUAUGGAGGCUACAGAUGCUUCCAGUCCUGAUAUAAGAAGGGAAUGCAACAGUGAUGGAGAGUCUAAAUCCUCUUUAUCUUCAUCUCCAUACAGUGAGUUUGAGGAGAUUUGCAUCUAA